AUGUUCCUUGAAGCUCAGUCCAAGUUUUUCAAUGAACGGGUGACACAAAUCGAGACCUACUUUGGGGACCUCUGCGCAGAAUUUAUUAACUACACACGAAGAACUGCCAAACUGCGGAACAACGGAGAUGAACUGUCCAAAAUCCUCUUAAACUAUUCAAUCAACGAGAAAAUUAAUCGGACAUCUGCCCGAACGUUGCGGAGGUUUGCCGAACUCCUGUCGACCAUCGAGGAUUACAGACAUGCUGAAGUGGAUCGACUUUUUGCCAAAGUCAUCACACCCCUGUCGACUUAUGGGGAAGAGGUAAAGCGAGUGAGGACGAACAUCAGAGUCGAGACGGCGGCGCGCAAGAAGGAGGUCUCGCAGCUCAAGCGUCUAGGAAGAGAGCCCUUAAGAGGCGCAGAAGAACGUCUCAACAUAGCGACGCGCUGUGCAACUCGGUCCGCAGACGCACUGGAGCGUCAGGUCAUCCAGUUUGAAGCAAAAAAACUCAAGGGUCUUAAGGACAUACUGACGGACUUUGUACAUAUUGAGAUGCUGUGGCAUGCAAAAGCACUUGAAACGCUGACGGAGGCAUUCAACGUAGUGCAGUCAAUGCAAGAGGAAGUUGACCUGGCCGACUUCCGGAACACCCUCUUCCGUUCUGGCACCCUUGCCAGUCUAGACGGCGACCACUUCCAGGCAAGUUUUCAAUCAAUAAAAUGGAAUUUGUUGUAG